AUGUUCAUCGAAACCCUGAUCACGGAGUACCACGUCCAUUCAUCCCACGCUCUGUGUUCGUGCGUCGUCACCCGGCUCGAUCACUUCCUGGACACCAAGCGCAACUUGCCCCGCGAGUACAUCGUCGCCCACAUCGCCCUACCCCUGCCUGCCACCUCCGGUAAACCACCCACUACGCGCACCAUCGGCUUCCUCAAGUUCGAGCGCUGCUGGCGGAGCUGGGACCCCAUCAGCGUAUACGAGCCCAUCGAGAUCCCGGCCACCCGACGCGAGUGGCACCCCGCGGACGACACCCUCGGCGUGUACGAGCCCGACUUCUGCCCGUGGGCGUCGCGCCGCCCGACGCUCCUCCGCUCCAGCCGCGGCCUGGCAGUCCCGCUCGCGCGCGCGCUCGUCGCGGCGUGCGCGCUGCGCCGCAUUCACCCUGACUGCAUCGGAGACGCGUACGCGCACGCGUGGUUCGCCCGCGGCUUGUGGGAGCGGCUCGUGGACUCGGACGCGGCGGACGGCAGUGCGGGCCAGGACGCCUGUUCGGAGGAUUCAGGCUGCUCCAAGCGGGGGCUCCUGGGGCGUUGUGUGCUCCGUGGCAAGACUCCCGCGGCCUUUUUGGAGGUGUUGACGGAGAAGGAGGUGGAGGAGUGCCGGGCGGUCGAGGACAGGGUCCUGCGCGAGCUCGAAGCAAGCCGGGCGGAGGCGGAAGUGUGGUUGGCCGACAGCGCCGCGUGGGACAAGCGCCCUUUGGCCCAGAUGGAGGCCAUCUGGGACAUUCGGGAGGCGGCGGAAAGAGGCGUGUGGGCGGGGGCGCGGAGCGAUCUGGACCGGGGGCCGCGAAGCACUCGGCGCCGUGACCGGGAGCGGAAGCGGGAGGUCGACGAGGCUUGGAGGCGACUUGAGGCUGCGAUGGUCAAGCGUGGUUUGAAGCCUGCCACUUAG